AUGAGCCUAGCAAUUCAUCUCCUUGAGCGAGAAUUUAUCACAAAGGGGAAGAAACAAACGAUUUUGAUUUGGCGGAUUCAAUAGAGAAAGAGCUUCCUUUGAGAAUAAUAUGGCGGAAGAACCCCAGAAGUUGUCUUCUUCAGCGUCACAGCAACCUUCUUCCUCUGAUAAGAAACCCGAAGAUUCUGGGAUCAAGCCUCAGAAUCCAGAUCGAGCUCCAAUGUAUCCACCAGGUAUUGUUCCCGGGUACGAUGAACAAACGAACCGAGGAGCUGGGAUCUAUGCGGUUCCUGUGCAUCAUCAUCAAUUUGGAGCUCUUCCCUCCAACUAUCUUAUCCCUCUCACUUACAAUCUUCCCACAACUAGGCCAAGCAAUGAGACCGAGGCUGGGGGAGAGAACCAAGCCCAAGCUGGACAGGGUCAGCAACAGCAACAGCCUGCGCAACAGAGGCAAGUUGUUGUUGUACGGAGAUUCGAGAUCGCCUUCCAGCUUGACAUAUUCCUCAUACUCAAGCUUGCUGCUGUCAUCUUUCUGUUCAACCAAGAUGGAUCCAGACAGAGGCUCGCUGUCCUUGUGAUUUUCGCUACCAUCAUUUACUUAUACCAAACUGGAGCCCUUGCACCUUUUGUCCGAUGGCUCUCACAAGGUAUGCAUAGAGCAGCUGUACCACCACCUCGACCUCAACCACCUGCUGCUGCUGCUGCCAGAGCUGAUAAUGAUGAUCCCGCUGCUGCAAUGCCACUAAACGAUGCUGUGGUUCCCGAGGGACAAGAGAAUGGAGGUGAUAACGCGAACAGAGCAAACGCAAAUGAAAAUGUCGAUGCAGCUCCCCAAGGGAAUCAGUGGUGGGGAAUAGUGAAAGAGAUUCAGAUGAUAGUUUUUGGCUUCAUAACUUCACUUCUCCCUGGCUUUCACAACAUAGAUUAGACUCUUGUUUUCUUCUGUCGUCUUUGAUCUCGUAUGUGAAAGUACAGGAAAUAGUAAACUUAAGACUCAAAACCUUCAACAACUUUAAUGUAUGUGAGCUGCAGUUUUCUACUUUUGCCUUUUAUUGUUUGAAGCAGAACGGAACUCA